AUGCCCCACUCCACGCCCGCCGAGAACGACGUCGCAGUUGGGGAGUCGUUGCCUCCCCAGACGCCGCACGCUGUGAGCGUUUCGUUGCCGACCUGGAAGGCGAAUGUGGGAUAUGAAGAAGGGGAAGAAUGGGUCGUUAGUAAGAUGGUAACCGGAUAUCCACGGUUCUUCGUGCACAAAAUCAUACAGGCGUUUGCUACGAAGAUUGCUGCCAAAUACGGGCAGCCGGAUGACCAAGCAAUGCUCUUUCCCACCUCUGCAAUUGCAGGACGGUGUCGAGACUUUUUCCUGCGUCAGGCGCCAGAAUUGGAGGCUCAGCAAGUCUGGAUCAUAGAUCUGGUGCCGAGUUCAGAAAGAGCGCGCUCGGAAGAAUUUUCUGUGAUUUCGCCUAGAGUCUCAGCGGUGCUCUUCCCUGAAUCUCACUUCAAGAUCGCGAAGACAUUCUGGCAGCAUUCGGGAGACGGCGUCUCAAGCCGGCGUGCUGAAUAUUGUCAAAGUUUGUUCGACGAAGGUCUGCUGGUAGAUUCGAAAGAAACCCAAGAGGUGCCCAAGGUGUGCAAGGGGCCUCGGAGAUACAGGCAAAAGACGUCCAUUGACCUGACUGGAUCUGGUGACAACUCGAACGGAAACGAGAACCAUGAUUCUGCCCAGUUCGUCGAGCAAAGGUUCGGACGCAAUCUCGAUAUCUCACAGACCAAGAACGCGAAACUCGCCGUCCGGAGACGCAUUGCUGGGUCAUUGACUGCGGACGUUGGGCUAGAAAAGGCUUUGUCUGUGAAAAAGGACAAUGACAGGAUUCGAGAUGUUCCUGGUUUUUCUGAGGACGAUGUUUAUCUUUACCCAUGUGGCAUGAGCUCCAUAUUCAAUGCCCACAGAAAUAUGAUGGCAACCAAGGCUCCAAUGAAGAGCAUUGUUUACGGAUUCCCGUACAUCGACACACUGAAGAUAGUCGAAAAGUUUGGUCCAGGAUGCCAAUUCUAUGGACACGGCUCGGCAGAAGAUCUAGAUGACCUAGAAAAGCGACUGGAAGGUGGUGAACGAUUUUUGGCUCUAUUCACAGAGUUUCCCGGAAACCCUUUGUUGCGUUCUCCAGACCUCGAGCGCAUUCGCUACCUCGCCGACAAGUACGACUUUUUCGUCGUCGUAGACGAAACGAUCGGAAACUUCCUAAAUGUGAACGUGCUGCCUCUGGCGGACAUAGUUGUUAGCAGUCUCACUAAAGUAUUCAGCGGCGACAGCAACGUUAUGGGCGGAGGACUGGUGCUCAAUCCCAAAUCCAAGAACUACGAUGCUCUGAAGCGGACUUGGGACGAAGACUACGUAGACAACCAUUGGGCGGAGGACAGCAUCUUCCUCGAGCGCAACAGUCGCGACUUCGUGUCACGUAUCGAGCGCAUCAACUCCAACGCUGAAGCCAUAGCUGAAGUAUUGAAUGCACACCCAAGAGUGAAGAAGGUGUAUUACCCCAAGUACAGUGACACCAGGCAAAACUACGACAAGUGCCGUAACCCCAAUGGCGGCUACGGUGGACUUCUCUCUGCCACGUUCUACACCAAGCAGGACGCAGCCAAGUUCUUCGACAAUCUUGAUACCGUCAAAGGACCCAGUCUUGGCACGAACUUCACGCUCAGCUCCCCCUACGUGAUUCUGGCGCAUUACCACGAGCUCGACUGGGCAGCAUCAUGGGGCGUAGAAGCGGACCUCGUCCGUUUCAGCGUCGGUCUCGAGGACACACGCAAAUUGGUCGGCACGUUCCAGCGGGCUCUCGAAGCCAUCACGGACACAGACAGUCACACGACUACUUAG